AUGCCUUACACCGCCAUUGUCAUGUACCCCAACGAGUCGGACAUCCAGUUCGAUGAGUCUUACUACAUGAAGACCCACAUGCCCCUCGUUGAGGCUACCUGGAAGAAAUAUGGCCUCCACAGCUGGAAGGUCACCAAGUUCCCCACUGCCCUUGAUGGCUCGCGCUCCGAGUACUUAAUUAUGGCUACUCUUGAGUGGGAGAGUGAGGAGGCCUUGAAGACUGCUCUGAAGGAUGAGGGUAGCGCCAAGGUCUUUGGUGACAUUUCCAACUUCACCAACAAGAAGCCUGUCACUCUGGCUGGAUCCAACCUUUAA